ACUGGCUCGCAGAGAUCAUGAAGCAUCUCUACUCCUCCAAAGUUAUGCUGACCUCCCCCAUUGAGUUCGGAGAUGUUUCAAAACUAGAAGAGAUGAACAAUAUCACAUCCAGGAGGGUCAUCCCCACCCACCUGAACUACGACAUGUUACCCAAGGACUUCAAGACCAAGAAAUGCAAGGCCAUAUACAUCAUUCGGAAUCCUAAGGACACAGCGGUCUCGUUAUUUCAUUACUACAAAGACAACCCCAACCUGCCGACCAUCGAGAUGUGGAAUACUUACUUCAGUAUGUUCCUACAAGGAGAAGUUGUCUGCGGAUCGUGGUUCGAUCACAUACUGAGCUGGGAAGGACACCGGAAUGAGAUGGGAACGUUAUUCCUGUAUUACGAAUCUAUGAAAGAGGAUCCAUUCAAGGCCGUGAGAAAACUCAGCAACUACCUGGGAAUAAACAUUAACGACAACGAAAUCCACGAUAUCUGCAAGAAGACGUCAUUCGCGGAGAUGAAGACCAACGUGGAGAAAGAGAAUAACGACCUGAAGCACACCGUCUGCUCUCUGACCUCCAACAAGAAGCUGAUAUUCAGGAAAGGUACCGUCGGGGAAUGGAAACAUUAUUUCACCAAUAAACAGAACAGACAGUUCGAUGACCUGUAUAAGGCAAAGAUGAAUUGCAGCAGCUUGGCCAAACACAUCCGCUAUGGAACUGAAACGGCAGCUCUGUGACCUGCGUCCCAGAGCGAUGGCGACUCACGGAGGAUUCCACAGUUACUGAAUAAACUGGACAAGUGCAACCCCAGUGCAAAGGUCAAAGACAAACGAGUUCCUCUGUGAACCCCAGUUGUGAUGAGGGUACAAUGGGGGACACAUUUAGGGUCAUCUGACCUCUUUCCACACCUAAAGCUGUCAUUAAUUGGAUAUGAAUUAAUCUCAAAUCAGGGAAGGGAAGACUGGUGUAAUUUCCCAUUGUGGCCACAAGGUGUCGCUGUGUAACUGAAGAAAGAAGAUCAAGGUGGUCAUUCCGAGUUGAUCGCUAGCUGCAUUUGUUCAAAAAAACGUCACUUCUGCGCAUGCGUAUGUGGCGCAAUGCGCACGCGUGACGUACUAUUACAAAGAAUGAUGUAGUUUUGCACAGGGUCUAGCAAUGCAUUUCAGUCGCACUGCUGGCCGCAGAGUGAUUGACAUGAAGUGGGCGUUUCUGGGUGGUAACUGACCGUUUUCAGGGAGUGUUCAAAAAAAUGCAGGCGGGCCAGGAAAUACGCAGGCGUGGCUGGGGUGUGUUUGUGACGUCAAAUCAGGAACUGAACAGUCUGAAGUAAUCGCAAGCGCUGAGUAGGUUUUGAGCUACUCUGAAAUUGCACAAAAAAACUUUGUAGCCGCUCUGCGAUCCUUUCGUUUGCACUUCUGCUGAGCUAAAAUACACUCCCAGUGGGCGGCGGCAUAGCGUUUGCACGGCUGCUAAAAACAGCUAGCGAGCGAUCAACUCGGAAUGACCCCCAUAGUCACUGCAACAACCCAAACCCAUCGCUGCAUGGAAAAUAAAAAGUUACUUUGUAGAUUAUUCUUUAAUGAGAGACUGAACAAAUCACUUUACCCAUCAUCUUGUAGAAAAUACAGUCAGACAGUGUGUGUGUGUAUACAUGUAUAUAUAUAUAUAUAUAUAUGUACACACAAAUACGUAUGGGGAAAUCAGCAACUGUCUUUUCUGAAAGAUUUAUAUGCACCUUUAAUAUAAAUGUAAUAUCUGAAAUGAUGCGUUUUGUGGGGAAUCCCUUUUCCUGUGCACUUCUGACUUCCUGUAAUGUAUGUAACCCACGCACUAUCUGAAGAUGCUCUAAUCAGCGGACGCUCCAAUCUGCCUGGUGCCGCUCCGCCCUACACUGUGCGCUGGGAAUUGUUAUAGGUCUUUACUGUACAAAUGAAUGACAUA